AUGGUUGCUAAGAAAACGAGAUCCAGCUCAAAGGAUGGCUCUAAGGUACCUUCAAAUGGGAUAAGGAAAGCCAAUAUGUCCAAGUCCAAAUUGAAAGCCCAAUCGAAAUCAACCAAAAGUAAAAUACAUAAACUCAAUGCAAACACCAGCGAUAUAGACGAUAUAAGGUCAACGUUGUCUUCUAUAACGAAUGUUCGUGAAAUCAGAGCAUUGGACGUCAAGGAAUUGAAAUCGGACUUGAAAAAAGAUGUGGAAACCAAGGAGAAGAACAAGAAGGCUGAACAGGAGUUGGCGCUGCAGUUGGAAUUGAUCGACAGCAUGGGAUUGAAAUAG